GAACUUACCGGAGAAAAGAAAGUUGAUAUGGGCGACAAUCUCUCACCCCCUGAUUUUCCCGAAAAUGCCUUGUUAACGCAUUUUCUUGUGAUCUCAUCCAGGUGUGCCAAGGACUUCUGUGGUGGAUUGUAGGUCUAAAUUUGAAUGUGUGUAAUCCUAAAACAGUGCAAAGUACAUUUGUUCAUGCUCGGCAAAGAUGACGGAUAUCUUAAUGGUAAAUUUAUUUCUGAUCCGUACAUAAUUCAUUAGUCUGUAGUGCGGAAAUAUCGUAAAAAUGUCCCUUCUGGCCCCGUAAGCGGUUAUAUUUUCUAACGUGAGCCGAGAAAGAAGUCCUAUGGGGAUGGCUAGGUCACGCAAGUUUAGACAAUUUAUGUAUCAACGUGAUGAUGGCUCUUAGCCGUAGAAGAGUGGGUAAAAUUGGAGAAGAUUAAAACGGCCUACAUUCGGACGUUUGGUGUCUUUGCUUGAAAGAAAUUAAAGCCUUUUUAAGCGAGUUUUUGUUUUUGUUUUUUAAUUUUUUAAUUUCUGUGCGGUUGUCGCUAGCUAUUCAGAGUUAUGAGUGGACACUUAAUUAGGCAGAUCAAUGCAAAAGUCAAUUAUGUCAAGCGUACUUGGGCGUCUUUUAGAAGAUCUUAAGUCAUUACACAAUGACCGAGCUAGCAAUUGCUAUUGCAAAUGUAAAUUCAUGAAUAUUAAAACAAAUUUGAAAAAAGUCAUUUUUUUUUCGAUAUUGUUUUGAAAUGAUGCGCCCACGACUUAGCUUCAAGCAGGUGAAUAUAUGAAAUAUCACAUUAUGAUAUUUCGAGUAGAGUAAAUUUAUGUCAAUUUUAGCGAUACUAGCAAACUCGCACCUUCUCUAAGGGCGGUCACUGAAUAGGUACUUAUUAAUACAUUUCUAGGAGGAGCUCGAACCCUGGAAGAAGCCAUUUCAAUUCAACAGGAAAUAUGCUUCACCAGAUAAAACACUGUCUGCUAUUUCCUUGGAAACUUCUUUUGCUCAGCAGAAGACGGCAGAUUCUUUUUGUCACCGUAACAGUCGCUGCUUUAAUAACAACAUUAUUGGCUGGCUUUGACAUCAAGUCCCUGCAAGGUCAAGGUACACGCUUUCCCCUUACUAUGGCUCCUACUGACGACUUGGCUUCCAACAGUUUUGACCUCUUUCCUACUUACGAAAAGGGUGCACGCGCGCUCCAGACAGUGGUUCCCCCUCGGCAAAGAGACCUCACUUCCAGCAGUUCCGACCACCUUCCCACCUACGAAAAUGGCGCACGCGAACUACUGACAGUGGUUACCCCUCUGCAAAAAAACUUGACUUCCAGCCGUUUUGGGCGCAAGCGCUCUUCGGGUCAGCCUGCUCCUCAUAGCGAUUGUAAAUCCUGGAGGACAACCUCCCAGCACAAAACUACUUUGAUAACCAAGACAGUUUGUAGACGACAGUACUUUUUACUUAUCCUAGUUUCAUCGGCACCGGAAAAUUUUGACAGAAGAGAUUUAAUUCGUCAAACAUGGGGUGCCUACGACAACUUUUCCCCUAACUGGAAGACAUUCUUUCUUCUCGGGAAGACACGAAAUCAUGCACAGUCAGAUUUGAUCAUAACAGAAAGUAAGAAAUACGGUGACGUAAUACAUGGAAACUACUACGAACAUUACUGGAACCAGAGUUUGAAGAUUCAGAUGGCCUUUCAAUGGGCAGCUAGAUAUUGUAGCUUCUCGUUUCUUUUAAAGACAGAUGAUGACGUUUUCGUCAACACCAGACGUUUGAUCGAUGUCUUGCGUUUGAAAUCAACGCCUAAGAAAGGCCUUUAUAUGGGCAAAGUUAACCACAAUCCCAUAGUACAACGUGGUAAAGGCAAAUGGCGGGUCAGUUACAUAGAGUAUAGUGGUAAAUACUAUCCCAACUUCUGUAGUGGUGGUGGCUUUGUUAUGUCAUAUGAUGUUAUCGAGUGUCUAGUUCCGUUAUUUGACGUGGUUAAGCGAUACAGAAUAGAUGAUGUUUAUGUUGGGAUGCUUGCAAAGAAAAGUGGUGUGACACCCGUAGACCAUAGUGGCUUCGUUAUGCCGUUUCGUAACUACGAUGAAUGUAAUGUUGUCCCGAAUACCUUAGUUCAGCACCAGGCUCUUGGUGAUUGUUUAACGACACUGUUUAGGGUUCACAGUAAAGGGUGAUACAAACCAGAUGCCUUAAUUCAGUUCUAGACUCUUCCAGGCUCUUACAACAACAACAACAACAAUAAC